UUUCUUCAAGUCCCUUCAAGUAUGAAAAGAAGGCAUUGAAGAUGAUAGAGAAGAGGCUUAAGAAGAAGAGUGUAGCUCUUGAUAUUGUCAAUUUUGGUGAGGACGAAGAUGGAAAACCUUAAAAGUUGGAGGCUCAUCUUGCAUCUGUUAAUAAUAAUGACAGUAGCCACGUAAUUCAUGUUCCUCCGGGUCAAAAUGCCACUCUCUGAUGUGCUUAUCAGCACGCCUAUGUUCACUGGGGAUGGAGGAGGAGGAAGUGGCUUUGCUGCAGCAGCAGGUGCAGGCGGUGGUGUUUCUGACUUUGAUUCCGGUGUUGAUCCAAAUCUAGAUCCAGAGCUGGCUCUUUCCCUAAGGGUUUCCAUGGAGGAGGAGAGAGCAACGCAAGAAGGUGCUGCCAAGAGGCCCGCUGAAGAAGCCAGUCGACAAGAAAAGGGAGUGGAAGCGCGAGCACCGUCUAGUUCACAGAAUGCAACUACGACUGUAACCACGAUUGAAAAAGUUGAUGAUCCAAUGGUUGGUCCAAUGUUGGAGUUAAUACAUAUUACCAUGUAUCCCAGCAUUGGAUAGUAGAAUUAAGUUUCAAAUGGGCUUUGAGGUAACUGAUACUAUGGCAGGAUGAGGAUCUUGCAU